AUGAGGGCAAUAUGUUUUCUAGUAAUUUUUAGUAUAACAUUUGUAAACGGCGAUAUCGACGAUGAAGAAACCUGGCAAUAUGAAAUGCUCAAAAUGCCGGAUUUAAGAGCUAUGUGUGAACAGUUCCAAGACGAAACUAAUGUUGGUACAAGAUGUAAAGAACAGCUAAGUAUUGUGUGUGGAAACAUAACACUUCUUCUGGCAAUGUCGGAUGCGUCGUCAAAAUUCCCAUUCACGGGCCUAGGAUACGCCUCGAAAACGGAUUUGGGCAAUUUCGAUCAAUGUUUGUCAAUAGAUCACAGUUACGAAGGCGGUCGAAUUCUGGGGGAGCACUGUAUGGAAGGUUUAGUAGUUCCCGAUCCAUCUGACAACAUAUCUGACGCAAACACGUAUUAUACGCUGUCAGUGUGCCGACCAGAUGGCUGCAAUGCCAGAGACUAUAACGAAAUUGUUGAACCACUGCUUGACGCGAAAUUGACGGAGCUUUUCCUAGACAAUUGGUGUCAAAAAGCAGUACCUAAUAAAGCCUUCGAUGUUACGGAGAUCGUUACACUGACAAUUUUUGCAAUAAUAACAUGGCUAAUUGUUAUAUCAACGAUAUAUGACGUCUAUAUAUACAAAAGUAACAACAAAAACAAUCAUCCCUUACUUAUUGCAUUUUCCUUACUCUCGAACGGUAGAAAAUUGUUACACAUCUCCAAAAAUUCCACAUCAAAAGAACACAUCGAAAUACUUAACGGAUUAAGGGUAAUCAGUAUGAUGUGGAUCAUAGCUGGUCAUGGAUUUAUGUCAUGGGCAAAGGUUCCUGUUGUGAAUAUAGAGGACUGGGGAGAGAGUUGGACGAAACACUUAUACGCGGGGUAUAUCCUUACGGCACCGCUAGCAGUAGAUACAUUUUUUUAUAUGUCAGGUUUUUUGGUGGCCUUUAAGUACUUACAACGUAAAGAGAAGUCAUUAUUAAGUCAAUUGUUAUCCAUACCACAAAUGUAUUUACAUCGCUUUUUAAGACUUACUCCGGCAUUGCUUAUGGUAUAUUUGGUGAUCAUCUCAUUAUUUCACCGGCUUGGAAGUGGACCUUUAUGGGAGAAAAAUAAAGAUUAUGCUAAAACUUGUAGAGAUAAUUGGUCGGCAGUGUUUCUUUAUAUCCAGAAUUACUACAAUUAUAAAAAUGUAUGUUUACCCCAGACAUGGUUCUUGUCAGCUGUUAUGCAAUUGUUCUUAAUAUCGCCGUUAGUAUUAAUUCCCUUAUCUCUAACUUUACGAAAACCCUUAGGAUUUAAGAAGGCUAUGGUAGGGUUGACGAUUUUAAAUAUUGUUUCUACUUUUACACCCAUGGUCCAUAAGCUCUAUGUUCUAGAUUACAGAAAUGAAUACGAUUCCCAUUCAAGACUUAUUGAUUAUUUUAUGGGCGUGAUGUUGGCGGUUUUUAUGAGAGAAAAUAUGGAUAAAUCUUUUCUAUAUAUGGUCAGGGAACAACGUAAACCUGUCAUAAAUCUUGUGAUAUGGAUAUUAAUUAUACUCGCAAUGUUAGCGACGGUGAUGUGUUAUCAAUUAUUAGUGGAAAUGCAGGAAAACUACAAAAUAACAGUAACCAUUCUGUCUUUGAUGAGACCCAUGUGGAGUUUUGGACUGAGUUGGAUAAUUUAUUCUUCCUAUCAUGGAUAUGGAGGUUUUGUCAACUGGAUUUUGCGUAGACCGAUAUUCCAAAUUCUAGGAAGACUCACUUAUAGUAUUUAUCUCGUACAUCAGUCGGUAAUUGAUUACAACGUUAUAACAACAAGAGCCCCUUGGUAUUUUACAGACUACAAUGCUUUUUAUUUAUUUUGCGGGCACUACAUAGUAUCAGUAAACAUUGCAAUAUUUUGGACAUUAGCUUUUGAAAUACCCUUCAUUGCAUUAGAGAAAUAUAUAGAGAAAACAUACAGUUCCAUCUUAGAACGCAAAUCGACACAAAGAGAUAGUAAUGAAGAAAAACAACUGCAAAGUAUCUCUCUAAAUGGGACUGGUGAAGACUUAGUUAAAAAAUGUACAAACUCAGAAGGACUGUAUACGACGAGCAAUGAAUUUCUCGGAAUUAAUGUACCGAAUUAAUAUUGUUUUCUGAAAUAGAUAAUAAAAAUAUUUA